UUAUAAAGUCUCUUCCUGAUUCCUCAAAUUGUUCGGGGGGAGCUCAGUUCAGAGUUUUGGACAUUUCUGCGGCUGCGGUUUGCGAGCGCUUCUCUUCGUUUCAUUAGAGAUGUCAAUGGCUUGAAUUGUAUAUCCCAGGCUGUCUGUCUCUGAACCUCACACUUGACAAGUCAUUGACUCAUUUUCAAGUUUUAGGUGUUGUUUGAUAAGCACCAUAGGGAAUAAAGAAAUCAAGAAUGGCUGUUUGAAAACAUUAGGUGUGGAGCAUGUGGGCCAGCUGCUGCGGCUGGCUCUGUCUGGAUGAUUCCACCGUGGACGACACCAGAAGUAGCACACGUCAUCAGGCCUUCAGCAACUCGGGCUUCAGCAGUUACCCAUCUCCCCCUGCUCCAGAACACACGUGCAAGGCCUGUGGAGGUCGCUUCGACAGCCUAGCCAGAAAGCACGUGUGCAUGGACUGCCAAAAAAGCUACUGCAGCCGCUGCUCCACUCAGCAGGACCUCCAGCCAUGGCUGUGCCACACAUGCCAGCGUUUCCGCGGCAUCUUGUUCGAGCGCGCCGAGCUGAUGAAGCUCAAGGUGAAGGAUCUGAGGGACUACCUCCACUUGCACGGGGUCCCCACGCAGAUGUGCCGUGAGAAAGAGGAGCUGGUCGAGCUGGUUCUUGGCCAGCAGACGCCUACAUCUGACAUGCACAUUCCUCCACCCCCAGUGACCACACAGGAAUCCCCUAACACUCCAGUCAUAACCGUGAGCCCGUUGGCGGACAAUGGCACAGCAGAACUGGGACCUCAGACUCGAGCAACGGAAGAUGGACAGAGCUUGGCUGAGGCGACAGCUGAAAGCGAGAUGGAUGCUGAGCUGCAGGAGGAGCAGGAGUUGCAGUCUUCAGACUCUGAGGAAGUGCUGGCUCCUGGGCGACGGGCGUCUCUGUCUGACAUCAGAUCAGUGGAGGACAUUGAGGCUCUGAGUGUACGCCAGUUGAAGGAGAUUCUUGCCAGGAACUUCGUCGACUAUAAGGGCUGCUGUGAGAAAUGGGAGCUGAUGGAGAGAGUCACGCGUCUGUACUACGACCAGAAGGACCUGCAGAAUAUGGUGUCUAACGCCACAGAAGGCACAGCAGACGCUGGAUCUGGGACGGCCGUGGAGGAGAACCUGUGUAAGAUCUGUAUGGACUCGCCCAUUGACUGUGUUCUUUUGGAGUGCGGACACAUGGUCACAUGCACAAAGUGCGGCAAGCGCAUGAACGAGUGUCCGAUCUGCCGGCAGUACGUGGUGCGGGCAGUGCACGUGUUCAGAUCCUGAUCCAUUCACAAAGCACCGGUAUCCCACAAUCCUUCCCCUGAGCAACGGAUACUGUAGAAAACUGUCAGGUGGCCUUUAAUUCUCGCACUAUUAUCUUGCGGCACUUUAAACGAUAGCGAAUAAGAUGCGCAAAUCUCUUAAGCAAUAACUGUACUGGAUUCAGUUUCAUUUUCUUCAAGUAACUUCAGAGUGUGCCUUCUGGAAGCUUUAUUUUUGAUCAUGGGAUUAUGUCACAUGUUUGUUGACAGUGCAGAUGACACGGAUCACUGCAACAUAAAUGGCCCUAUUAGUAAACACUGAGAGGAUCAUAUGAAUGCACACAGACAGCAUCUUCUGAAAAUGUCUAAGUGCCUUGCAAUGCACUGCCCUGGUGCUUCUCCUCACACACCUGUUUAAUUUGUUCUCCUUUUUUUAAAUAAUCCUUUCUUUUUAAAACCCAAAUACUGGAUCUGGGGUUUAAUCUGCCACCUCCAUCCAGACUGACACUGUAAACUGUACUAACAGGAAUGAGACUUGUCACACGAGUCUUGUCAGAUCUGAAGUCUGUUGAUUCAUCUCACAUGAGCGAACGCGAAUAGUCUAAAUUGCUGGCAAUUACGAGACAGAAGGGGUGUGGAAAAGAGUCACGUUUGUUCAAACUGAUCCUCAUUACAGCCCUGUCCGACUUCACCUUGAUGAAUCUCACCAAACCUCUGGCCCAAUCAAAGUCAUGAGGAACAUGACUGUCAAGAAAAUGUUUUAAUGCAGAAAAACCUUGAUCCAACAAAUUAACUUCAUUUUCUUAAUGCAAUAUGUUUCUGUUUUUUUUGUUGUUGUUGUUUUUUUGGUGUGAUAAAUAAGUACAUGAUAUGCGGGGGAAAAUAUGAGUUCAUUUGCAAAAACCGAUAAACGCCACUUAAAAAAAAAUGAGCUGAUUGCCAUGCAUUAU